UCACACAUAAGCAUCGAGCCCCCUCACUGCAGAUGCACACGCAAGGCCCGCCCUCCUGAUCAGAAUGCUCUUGGUAUGCCGAUCCAACGUUCUAUACCUCUCCUUGCCCAUCCCAAACAGCCGUACAAAGUCUGAUGGGUGAAGGUACUCCCACCGCCUCUCGUGGUCCACCCACGGCGGCAGCCUCGACUCGCUUCUCUCCCGCACCACCUCGUCGAGUGGGAAAUACAGCUCAAAUGGGUAUGGGGAGAAGGGCGGGCUGACGUCACGAGAUGUCUCACGGAGGGGAGCCCCACAGCAGCUUGGGGACGGCAGGUAGCUGCCUGUGGUGGUUGCGAGGAGGCGGUCUCUGGUCUUGUCGACGAUCCUGUCCUCUUGGAAGAGUCUGCGGGCCGCCGAGAGAGACAUGGUGGGCGACGAUGGGGCGACUGCCGAUGAAUACGCGAAGCAGCAGGGGCGUGUGGCGGCGUAGUGACACACGCGAGCCGCAUGACAUGACACACGCGAUCGACGGGGUGAGGGGGAGUACAGGUGCUCCCUUCCGAGUAAUAUGGGGAGGUCAUGAGAAUGGGACGCAGGGCAGGCGGUGGUGCUGAGCGGCGGGGAGGCAGUCGAUGGCGACAUCGAUGGAUACAUGCUGCCCCCUCCUCCUCUCGUCUUGGCAUUUGGCGACGACGGCCUCGUGUCUCUGUGAGGACUGAGUCGCGGCUGCUGCUUGUGUGGGUUGAAUCGAGGGUUCGUGUGGAUGAACAGGCCGGUCCGCUCGCCCUCAUCGAUGACACCACGACCGAGAGGCACACGCCCUGCAGCUGCCGUCUUGACUCUGCUGUUUUCUCCCCACUCAUUGCCCGACAUCAGCAGCGACUUCUGGGGUGUUUGCUGCUGUGUGGUAGCCAUGGUGGCCGACAGGGUGUUGAGCAUGCUUGUCAGCUGUGAGAUCCACCAGGGGUUGUGUGACGACGCAGAGAGCGUCAGGUGAGCUGUGGGAGUCGGGGGGAGGAGGUCCUGGGCCGGCUGCUGGGUGGGGGAGGUUAUAAGAGACAUGAGGGAGGAGGGGGUGUUCGGAUGUUGGGAGGCGUGCAGCGUGGCGCGCUGCUGGGCGAGAUACCAGUCGACCAGCUCCUUCAAAAGCUCACGAUGGCUCUCAAUCGCGUCCUGUGUCGAACACCAAGCAUUGGAGGACAUCUCUGACAUCCCUAUCGCGUCACUCACCUUGACGAAUGGAUGGUUGCACAGCUCCUCGGCUGACGCCCUUGCACUUGGGUCCAGACGCACACAGCCUUCCACAAAAUCCCGGAUGUAGCUGAAAAAUGGGACAGACAGGAACCAAUCGAUGGUAUGAUUGUCAGCUGCCCCCCUCCCCUACUGGCUGAAUCUGUGUGGGGGGUUGAGCUCUGGCGGGUGCCGCAGCUGCGUCAUCUGCAGAAAGAGGCUGAUCGGGGUGGCUGAGGGGUCGGUAGUCAACUCGCUCGUCGGAGGGGACCCCUAAGGGAUGGAUGGGUGACACACACACAUAUACACGUCACUGGCCUGUGAGAGACACAAGACCGUUUGAGCAUGCCUUUGCCAGCUCCAUCGUCGUGAUGCCGAGCGACCAGAUGUCAGCCUUCUCGUUGUACCCCUUCUCGCCCAGCACCUACACAGCAUCUCAGUGCAUGCCUAAGGGGCAUCCCAAGUGUGUGUGUGUGUACACUCACUUCUGGGGCGAUCCACAGGGGGCUGCCGCAAACGGCAUACACGGUCUCGCCAGGAGAAAACACUGCAGGACAGCACAUCGCGCCAUCGAUGUGAUGUCCACUCGCUUGUCCAUGCCCGACGCUCAUUUACGUUUGCUGAUUCCAAAGUCUGUCAGGUAUGCCCUCCCCUCGUUCGACACCAGGAUGUUGGCAGCCUUCACGUCUCUGUGGAUCAGCCCUUUCUUGUGCAGGCCGUCGAGGGCUCUGCAGACGUCCUUCAUGAUGACGGCAAUCAGCGACUCGUCGAUGCCCCAGCCAUCUGAAUCGUCAUUCUGCUGAUACAUGUGCACCUAUGGAGGCCACACAUGGCUGACAUCUGGGCAAACAGACACGUGCUUCCUUCCUUGCUUGCAUGGCGCACCAGCGUGUCAAGUGAGCAUCCCUCAAUGCACUCCAUGGCCAGCACCAGGACAGCUUUGUCUCCAUCGCCCACCACAAAGGACUCAUAGAGUGAGGGCGUAAGGCCUGGGAUGGUCUCGGACGCCUGCGCAGGAAAAAAAAGCGAACUCUCAAUGACUCAAACUUCAAGCAAUCCUACCAAUUUGAGGAACGAUAUUUCCUGUGCCACAUCGGCCAAAUCAGCUGGCAUCCCGCUCUUCUCCACACCAGCAGCCCCUUGGUUGCCGCCAAAGCUCGUGACUUGCGGCUGGCUUGACCCGUGAAGAGGCUUGUGUGUGGCGUGAUUGAGAGGAAUGAGCUUCAACGCAACCGUGGCGGGCAGGUGAGCCGAACUGGAGGGAGCCGAUGGCGAAACGGGAGCCAGAGAGCUGCAUGGAAAGGCACUAGCUCUGAGAGGCACUAGCUCUGAAUCUCCUUCCCGCUCCCCGCACACUGUGUCUGCCUUACCAUUUCCAUACUUCUCCAGAG